CAUAUCGCUACCAAUGUCCUGUGGCCACACGUGAAGGUGAAGCUCAGAGGCAGAGAAAAAACUUCAGUCUUCAGUGCGUGUCCCAUCAAAUUGGCAAUGGCAAUGGCCCGGCGGCAGUUCGACAUUAGUAAAUACAUAAUUUUCCACAAAAAUCAAAUCAAAUUGUUUGCUGUUUAUAUGAAAACGGCAAAUCUAAUGCAAAACUUCAACGUGCUAAAGCGUUCGCUGUAAGAAAUCGCUGCUGCCGGAGGAGGAGGCAGGAGGAAGGAGGAGUUGGGGCGCUCUGUCGCUGCCGCCGCCUAGUUCCCCACCAAUACAUUCACAACAGUUUUGCUAUGUUUGUGGUUGUGUGUGUAUGUGUGUGUGCUGAAAGUUCUUAGUGUUACUAAAAUUACAUCAAUUAUUAUUAUGCGAUAUGCGGCGUCAGCAAUAAGCAAGCCAAACAAGUGUUAAACCUCAAUAGAAAACGAACAACAAACAAAAGAUCUAAUUUACAAUACACAUGUAUAUGAAAUUCAAAAUUAAUUAUUAAAUCAAAACGAAAUGGGCAGAAAUAC